GCUUGUCAAUAUCUGACCUGUGUUCUCUGGUGACGAUGCUGUGGCAAACCAUCUGCAGCAACCCGCUGUUCUACAUGUCUGAGUUUCCCUUUGACGCUGCUGACGUCAUGUUCUUCACGGGCUCCGUACCCCGCGUCCUCUUCUCCAAGGUCACCAGCUUCAUCACCGCCUUCAUUGCUUUUGAACGAUGCCUGUGUAUCGCUUUACCGCUCAAGGUCAGGAUGAUCAUCACACCUCUCAAGACAAAGUUCAUAAUUGUUUCAAUCUACGCUCUCAUGAUCCUUAUUCCCACUCCCUACUACGUUGGGUUUAGACUUGGGUGGGUUUUGGAUUCUUCAAGAAACUCUACGAUUCUGAAAAUCUCAUAUUCUGAGGAGCAAAAACACCUGGAGGCGAUUGUAUAUCUGAUAUACGGUGUGCUGCUGUCGAUUCUUUCUUUCGUCUUCAUCAUCUGUUGUAUCGUCGUUCUCGUCGUCAAACUUAAUGUCAAAACAAAAUGGCGACAACUCGCUUCAUCCCGUGGCGUUCGAAAAACAGAAGGAGUCGCUGGAGCUAAGGAAAGAACAGUUGGAAAAAUGGUGACCUCAAUAUCCACCAUCUUCGUCAUCUGUAGCAUGCCGUCCAUUUUCCUUAUUUGCUAUAUGGCUAUUGAACAUGUUUGUUUACUUCAAGCUGAGCUCAAAAUACCGAGCAGUAUUUCUAAAAACGUUCCUGAACCGGGUAGAAAAGUAACAAAUUAUUAUUCAAGAGAAAAAAUAUCACAUUUUAUCUGGUUGCCCGGCUGGAGAUGAAGGGAAAUAACCGAGGAAAACGUCACCAUGGGAAUAUUUUACUUUUAAAUAGUCUGAACGUUGGAGCGGUAUUCGAUGCACGUAUUACCUAGGAAGUCAAAGACUUAUGAUCAGUCCUCCAUUAGAACUUUCUGUUGCUUUUUUUUGUUAAUAAAGCCACCUAGGGAACCUAAACAAAUAGGUAGCGAGGAAAGAUCAGGGAUGUGUAGCAUUUCUAAGAGCAUUAGAGCAAAGUUAUGAAUGGAGAAACGUGAUCGCCGAUGUCUGUAGCAGAUCUGACACAGGAUGAUGAUGAUCA